CAGCCGAGACAGGAGAUCCAAUAUGCGGGAGAGGAGAUGGCUUCUACCUACUCUGUACGGUCUCCUACUGGCAGUGGCCGUCUCGGAUGCCAUCAAGGCCGCAAGACCAAAGUUCAAAAUAGCAACGUCAUCAACGACAUCGACGACAACAACAGAGGAACCGGCAGCAGCUGAAAGCUCUGACGACGAAGUCGAGGCUACGACAACAGCAGCCGACACAAAUGGAACGACGGGACACACGCUCACGGGGAUCCCUCAGAUCGAUUACAUAUGGGAUCCCAAUUUGCCGAGAGAGCUGAAUGGAUACAAUUUGAGUGAUUAUCCAUUCUACGCCAGUAUGCCAGAAGAUAUCGAUUUCAAAUGCGACGGUCUUCAUGAUGGAUUUUACGCGAGCGUACCGCACAAGUGUCAGGUCUACCAUCACUGCCUUUUCGGCACGCGUUACGACUUCCUCUGCGCGAACUUCACGGCCUUCGAUCAGAAGACCUUCAUCUGCCACUUCGUAUCGGAAGUCGACUGCGCGAAUUCGAAGAAGUACUGGCACAGAAACGAUGCUCUGUACAAGGCUGCGACAACGACAACGUCGUCGACAACAACCACAACUACGACGACCACGACGCAGGCGAGCGUGGAUAAACCAGUAGCCGGACGUGAAAGGGAGCGCGAUCGUGACGUGCCGCGAAGAAGGAGGCCGCCGCCAAGAAGGCCUGCCUACGAUUAUUACGACGAGGAUUACUAUGAGGAUGAUUACGAGAGGACUCGACCGAGAGGAUAUAAUCGUCGAGACUACGAUGACUACGACGACAGGAAGUACAGGAGGGACCGUGAAAGAGAUCGCGAUUACAGGCAUCGUGAUUUUCGAGACAGAGACAGAGAGAGAUUUUCGCCGAGAGGUAAUAGGAGAGAUCCAGCGAGAGCUCGGGAUCCAAUCGACGAUGAGCCGCCGAGAGCGAGAGUGAAGGAUCAGGACUCGUCGAGGACUAGAGAUAUGGAGGAACGCGUCAGGGAUGGAGAUGACAGGCGAUAUUCGGAUAAGAGAUUUAGGGAUGAAUACGAGGAGAAAGAGGCCGAGCCAAUCAGCAAUGGCAGCGGCGAGGGUUUGGUGAAGCCAGUCGCACCACCGUCCUCGGUGUACGCGCGACCGAGACCUCCACCGAAAAUACGUCGUCCCGUGCCUCUGUCGGAGAAAGAAAAAUACGCAUUCACCACGAGUAGCGCACUUAGCCUCGCCUCCGGUAUGUUAUUUCCAUGUGACGAUAGAGAACUGAGACGCCUAACUCGAGUUCAAUUGUUUUCUACUGCAGAAGAGCCUCGCAGAAGACCGCCAGGGGACGAAGUCGAGGAGCCUCACCGCAGGCCACUACUCAUCGACGAUCUGGACGAACCACGCAGAAGACCAGCAGCAGUGGAAAUCGACAGUUUGGAAGAACCGCGAAGGCGGCCAUCGAUCGACAGCCUGGAGGAGACGCAAUCACGUCGACGACCCGUCGAGAUCUUAGACGACGAUGACUAUUACGAAGAUGAGGUGGAAGAGGUACAGAGGCCUCGCUGGCAGAUGAGAGGCAGACCGAUGAGAGAGCGCGAUUUUCCCGAUAAGCGUUAUCGCGAUCGUCCCUACAGGCUUAGAUAUCGCGACGAGGAGGAGGAAGUGCGCCCACGGAAGCACCCGGAGCGAUCGAGGGAUCGAUUCUACGAGCGAGAACGAAGUCGCGACCGAUCUCUGGAUCGGCUGAAGGAUCGCGAUCGCGACAGGCCAUCCGUCUACCACGACAGGGAAAGCGAGCGCCCUCGAGCACCAUUGAGAUCGAAGGAGCUACAAGAGGUCAGCGAACUUGCACCCAAGCGCACAACUACUGAAAAAUUCAAUCCCGUUGCUACCACGCCGACGACUACCACGACCACAACUACGACUACAUCAACUGAAGAGCCGGAAAAACACAGUUUGAAUUCACAAACGGAAGAGAGACAGCAGAAGUUCAUUUUCCAGAAGAUGGAGGCACCGCAGCAGAAGUACCCCAGGCCGCAGGAGACGACCACGGAAAAGGAGCUGCCGGCCAAGUAUUGGAAACCAACGCAAAGGGCCGAGCGCGAAAGAGAAGAAACCAUCGAGGAUUAUCCAUCGGAGUACUACGAUGACGCAGAAGAACCUGCGAUAACUCCUGUACCACCGCCAAGGCCGACCGUUCGCGUGGUUAAGAGGCCAUUCUUGCCAUCCAGAGGUGGCAAUCCUAAUCCAAGAGGUCUGUCACCAGUUGGUUCCAAAGCAAUCACUUCUCCAAGACGAGACGAGAGUCCAAUAAAGCACUACAUCAAACUGCAGACCACCACGACUCCACCGUACUCGAAUGAAGACGAUGAGUCGAAGGAGAACUACCAUAACAAAAAUAGUUACAACUACGACAACAAGCACAAUUAUAACAGCUAUAAAACGAGCAAUAGUUACAAUACUCAACAGCCGGAAUAUGUUCCCAAACAAGCUCAAAUCAAUGAGAAUUAUGACGCACCGGCGACCAGGCCUGAAUUGCGCAGACCCGAAUCGGAGAUCCUCAAGAGACGACCGGAGAUACAAGAUGUGCCGAUUUCGCAGAAGCCUGUGGCAAGUUGGACAACGGAUUUCAUGAUGCCACAACAAAACGACAACCAAGAUGAACAACAUCAGGGUAUUGUGCGCCACCAACUGCAGAACGACAAUCGAAAUGUCUACGGCUCACAUUAUAAAUCUGACGAGCAACAAGACCAACUGUCGAUAAACAGUAAUUUCAAGAUCAAGCAAAAGAUCAACGAGGUUACUCAACGAAAUCUUCAAGACAUUCCCGAAAGCGAAUACGACGUUACACUGAACGAGGCUCUGACUCCAAAUCUGAGUCAAGAACCAAGCUUGCCAAGCGGAUUUGUUCUACCUUUGCACCGAGAGUUGGGAAGAGAUACCAUUCUACAACCAUCGGAAAACACUUACAAAUUCUCUAGACCAUUGAACCAGCAACAACACGAACAACAGAAACAACAACAGUCGACUUUUGUACCAAGCUCGCAAUUCGCACCGUCAUCAUCUAUCGCCCGGAGCUCCGAUCGGGGCAAAACAGUUUACUUCCGUACCCCGGAAACUAUUCAGAUUGGUGGAAAUCAGUACAGACAGCAGAGAGGACACUGGAAUGAUUAUUCUGGAUUUUGAAGGGUUGUCAUACCGAAGCUGUGAAACUUAUGAGAUUAAUUUUUUUUUUCGUAACUGUAUGCUCCACGAGCGUUUACUUUUUUAUAUGAGAAAUUGGUAAAUUUAAUAUUAAUAUCAAGACUUUUAUAGUCUGGAGAUGCUGAACUUGACCGAUUCGAGUAUAUUUUUAAAUAACAAAUCAUUGUAUGAUCCAUUGUGCACACGACCUCGAAGGCGUGUAUGAUUUUACAUCUAACAAAAUUCAAUGCGUUAUGAUAUUGUUUUCUUUUUUCUUUUUUUUUUUAACUCUUAAUAACAUACUUUAAGAGUAAAAGUACAUGUAUUUUUAUACAUAUUAAGUAACGAUAAGAUAAAUAGAAGAAGUAUCAUUAGUACGUUGAUGGAAUGAUAUGAUGUUGAAUAUUUAGUUUUUAUCAAAGUUCAUCUUUUCAAUACAAACUUUUUACUUUGACUUCAUAGAAAUUAUGCAGUACAGAUUGCUUAUAACCAAUUAAGAAUCAUUUGAUUAUGUUAGUAAUGUACUGUCAAUUCGUGAUAUUAUAAUCUGAUAAUAUACUCAAUGGAAAUAACUCGCGUAUCGAGUGGUUUGUAUCAAUGUUUUAUGGUGCAGAAUCAAUUACUUCUUAGAAUUUUCUCAAAAAAAUUUUCAAUCCUUAAAUAAACACUAAAAAUUAUGUUUAUAUUAUUCUUUAUGAAGUUUAUAAUACGUAUAUCAAAAAUGAUCUAUUGCGAUAAUAUAAAAUAUGUACAUGGAAAUCAAAUGAUUCUUACGCAUAUUUCAUAUUCUCGCAUGACGAAGAUAUAUUUGAUUUGUGGUUAAUAAAAUGAAUUUGCAAUUCAAAUGCAUAUUAGUAAAUAAAUAUGUUUUGUAAAUGCGAAAAUUAUUUGCGACUUUGUGCAAUACUCGAAAUAAUUCGUUUUUUUUAUUAAUUUAUGUAUACUAAUAAUUUUAAUUUAAAAUAAGAUAAUUAAGUUUAAAGAAAUUAUAAACUUUUGAUUUUUCGAAAAUCUCUGUAAAUACGACAGAACGUUCAAGACAGAAGUCAAAAUAAAAAUUCUUUUUCAAUUCAUCGCGGGAAAUAAGCCAUUUUUUGUUAUAAAAUUUCCGAUUCAAUGCGUUGCGCUAUUGUAGUGUUAUAUAAUUGUAACUAUCUUAUGAUUAUUUGAAGACAUUGAAUAGAUUUAAGUGUAUACUAA